AAUUAUUUCCCGUACUUAUUUCUGUUUCAUCGAUAUUCUACUUAUUAUAAAUCAGUAGUCUCAGUUGUAUUUAUCAAUUUGUGUCAUUUGGAAAUCUUAACGAGUUACUUCUUCAAAAUAAACGAAAGUACGUUAAGAUUUACUUCACUACUUUUAAUUUUUACGAACAGAUUUCUGAAUAAUUGCUAGGCUAAAUCUCCCUCAUAUUCUUCAAUUCAAACUUGAUUUGAUUUGAACCACCUUCCCAUGUUCUUUUAAUAGUAGAUUAUUUUCCAUUAAGUAAUUCAUAAACACUUGACUCAUCUUUUCAUCACUUCUAUAAUUCUAGUCAGUCCUGCAUUUAUAACCAUAAAUCCGUGUUUAUUAUUAAAACUUUCCCAUGACAAUAGUUCCAGCUAUGUUUGCUUAAUCUGAAUAGUUCACACUUGAGUGUCUUCGUAUUCCGACUACAAUAUACAUUUGGCAAUAAAUCUCCCCACAUUCACAUAAACAUAUAAAAACAUGACGACAUUUUCUAAUGUUUCACUCAAUCAAUCACUCACCAGUUCAAAAUCUCUUCAGCCUUGUAUCAUUUACGAUUGCUUAUACAUUAAUUAACAAUUACACUUUUUCAUUUUUAGACUUUCUCGAAUUGCCAUGGGAUGAAAAACUACUUAAAUAUGGAACUGACUCCAGUCGAACAGAUCAACUAGUUCACAACAAUUCUCUAGAUGCAUGGUCAAAAGCAAAUUCACUCCUAUCAGAAGAACACAUCGAAUUCAUGAAUGAAAAUUGUUUGGCACUAAAACAGUUGGGUUAUCUUACAGAUGAAAUCCCACCGAAUUAUGCUACAAUCUGCAACAUCUAAACUAUUCUCAAAAAAACAAAUAGUCAGUAACAAGUUGAAAUAUGAUACCUUGAAUUUGUAUCUAUGAGAAAACAUCUCUAUUCAUUAGUGUGCAUUGUGUGUAUUGUGUUUAUUGUGUUUACGUAGAAACUGUAUUUUUGUACACAUUGAUGUAAUAAAU